CCAUCUUCCAACUGAUCUCUUCUGGCUCUUCUGGCCAGGACGCCUUUCGAUACUUUUAAAAGAUUGCGCUACCACGUGCCGUUAUUUUCCCGUGUCGCGUCUUGUUCCAUCCUACAUACUUCCCAUCUCGCCCACCGUUUUGUUGUUCUCAUAUCCCUAUCUUCCAAAAGUCUUUCGUUCCUCCAGGACCAGUUUGUCGCCACACGCGUACAGCGAUUCACACGAAAAAUGGCACCUUCAAUCGUCGCAGAUAUCCCCGCCUCGGCUCCAAUUGAGUCUAAACUUGGCCCGAAGGCAUCAAAUGGCAUUUCGAACCCAUUACACAAAAUCAUAAAGGCUCCUCUCCCGAAUCCGUCCCUACAGGUUACCGCGGAACACACUUUAAAGCAGGUCGAAGCGCCUGUGUAUGCGCCUCGCAGUGGAGAAGUCCUGCUACACAUUAAGGCGACUGGCGUCUGCGGGUCGGACAUCCAUUUCUGGAAGGCCGGACGUAUCGGCUCCUUGGUUGUUGAGGGUGAUUGUAUUUUGGGUCACGAGGCCGCAGGUAUUGUCCUUCAGACUGGAGAGGGCGUCACAAACUUAAAAGUCGGCGAUCGUGUCGCAUUGGAGCCCGGUGUUCCCUGCGAGAAAUGCUUCCUCUGCCAGGAUGGUCGCUACAACCUUUGCGAAGACGUUCAAUUCGCUGGUGUCUACCCUUAUGACGGAACGAUCCAAAGAUACAAGGUCCACCCCGCAAAAUGGUGCCACAAGCUCCCUGACAAUGUUACCUACUCUGAGGGUGCUCUUUUGGAGCCUCUCUCCGUCGUGAUGCACGGAAUCAAUUCCGCUGGUCUUUCUCUCGGUCGUGGAGCAGUCAUCUGCGGUGCCGGUCCUAUCGGUCUGAUUGCGCUUGCUGCUGCCCGUGCCUCUGGUGCUCACCCUCUCGUUAUCACCGACCUUGAGCCUCGCCGUCUCGAAUUUGCCAAGAAGUUCGUCCCGUCUGCCAUCACAUACCAAGUUCGCAAGGACCUCAAUGCCGAAGGCAACGCCAAGGAGAUCAGGAAGCUGUUCGGUGUCGGUGUCCAGGGAGAUGUUGUUGGCGAGUACGCCGCCCCCGAGACUGUGCUCGAGUGCACUGGUGUCGAGAGCUCCGUCAUCACAUCUUGCUUCCUUGCACGAAGAGGAGGAACCGUCAUGGUCAUUGGAGUCGGAAGGGAGAUCAUGAACAACCUCCCCUUCAUGCACCUUUCCCUCGCCGAGAUCGACCUCCGAUUCAUCAACCGCUACCGCGACACCUGGCCCGCCGGCCUCCAGUGCCUCGGCGGCGGUAUCCUCGACCUCAAGCCCCUCGUCAGCCACACCUACCCCUUGGAGAAGUCCCUCGAAGCCCUGCACACCUGCUCCGACCUCACCAACGGAAGCAUCAAGGUGCAGAUCCUCGACGACAUUGACGCCACCAUCUAGAGAAAGAAAAAGGGUGGCUCUGCAUAAUUUUGUUGUCCGGGGGAAUGAUUUCGUUCAAUACCAGAUUUCGC